AUGCCGUUUGAUGAAGCGAUAGGGUGGUUGAAGGUGCAUGAAGGUCGGUUGAAAUUGAGACACGGAAGUACAUCAACCGAGAACAACUUGUUACUCACACGAUCAGAGAAUAAGCCCGUUAGAGGAAAUGGCAGAGAAAACCAUGGAAAUGGUAGGGGUCGUGGUUUUUCAAGUGACCGGGGAGGUCGUAACGGAUCCAGGGGAAGGGGUUCAUACCGUGGAAGAGAAUGCAGAACCAAAAGAGAAAAAGAUGAAGAGGCUCAUCUCACUGAAGGACAAGAUGAAGAGGAUUCCCUCCUUUUCACAGUUCAUGGGGAGGAAACCCCUCAAAUGGUGCUUCUGAAUGAAGAGAAAGUAUUUCCGGACCGACAUGAGAAAAAUCGGAACGAGUGGUACUUAGACAAUGGUGCUAGUAAUCAUAUGACGGGAGUCAAAGAACAUUUUUCCGAACUGGACGAGACUGUUACAAGCCUUGUUCGUUUUGGCGAUGGAUCAAAGGUGAUCAUAAAAGGCAAGGGCACCAUUAUUUUGGAAUGUAAAGAUGGCAGCCAAUCAAAGAUUUCUGAUGUAUACUAUAUUCCAGCUCUCCACAGCAACAUUGUCAGCCUAGGACAAAUGGAAGAACAUGGAUACAAUGUCUGGUUGAAGGGAGGCUUCCUAAGAAUGUAUAACCCACAAGGCAGAUUGUUUAUGAAGGUGCCAAGGUUAAAGAAUCUCUCUACAAAAUUGAAUUACAUAUGGUGA